AUGGCCCCCCCGAACGAGCUUUUCGAGCGAGGUAUGUCCAUGACUCUAGUCGCAGAAGAACCUCUGUUCAGGUUAGAAGUCGCGGCGCUCAUCCAACAUAGCAAGUCUAGCACGCCGGCUCAGGAGCCCGAGAAGGUGCUUAACACUCCGCCAUCCAUCAACUAUAUUCAGACUCCAGUCGCUGAACAUAGAGGAAAGCCGAUACUGGCAGGCUAUUUCGGACCGACAAGCUUCGUGUCCCCACUCACAGACGAUGUAGACCUUCUUGCUGCGGAGCAGGGGGAGUGUGAAGAGGAAUUUACACAGCGCGUGUUGCCCGUGUACUGGACCGAGAAGGUGACCGAGAUUGUCUCUAGUCUGGGAGACUUUUCCUUGAUUGGGUCUCUACUCCAUGAGUAUUUUGAUCUAUGCCAGAGCGCUUCACUUCCAGCUCCAUUGAUUCUGAACACAAUCGGCCCCUUGACAGCACUGUGCACAGAGCGCGCCCAUCUUGAGGCCUCUGAAAACGGAGCUUUCUCGCUGACAGCUCGCAUAAUACAAAACACCGUCCAGCCGUUCACGGUUCCACCAGAGACUGUUGCAGGGACAUUUCAUCGCCUUUUCACAGGACCUGCAAUCCGCCUUGAGAUCAUCGGAGUUAUCUGCUCUGUGGCGGGUAGAGCGAGCAAAAUGGGAUUGGCCUCAGACAAGUCGAAAAGUCGAUCAUCCACUGUUGAUCUUGCUCGCAGAUUCAUCGCGGCAAGCGACGCUGCUCUUCAAAUAUGCAAAAUGCUCACUCCUCUGAACGAUCUCUCAAUAUGGCUGGCACAUGAAAACUUACUGUUGACGGAUAAUCUCAAUUGGAGCUCCAGCCCUAGAUGCUGGAACCGGUUGGGCGAGCUUGCGACAGACAUCUUUGCUUUGGGUAUUCACAGAGAGAGUAGAAAGCAUGAUAAAGUUCCUCAAUUCUUGAUGGAAACGAGACGCAGAGUAUUUGCGGCAGCCUACCAAUUGGACAAAAGCGUUGCCACGUUUUUGGGUCGACCCACGAGAAUCCCUCUUCGAUAUUCAGAUUGCAGCAUGCCGUUGGACUUGCCGGAUGACGCAUUUGUGUCUGAUCAAGCUCAACUCAAGUAUGGGUCGAGCGAUCUAGAUCCUGACAACUGGAAUGUUCGUGGCGUAUAUCGGCGAGCAUCUUGGUUGCGGGUGCGAUUUAUUGUUAGCACUUUCCGCGAAGAGAUACUUGAGGUAUCCCUGCAGAAUAUGACCCCGCAUGUCGUGAAUGUGCUCAACGAUAUCUCUCGCCGCUCACGUCUCGCGUGGGAGGCACUACCCGCUCAUCUACAAUAUACUCCGCAACGCUGGGAUACGGAUCAUCCUCUUGCUGCGCGCAUUAUGCUCUCCGUGUCUUACUUGGCACAUCUUUACAAUGACUUACUCAUUCAAAGACUACUGGCCGGGAGAGAAAACCCACGUGGCUCCCCCGCGCUAUUGGCAGUGAGCUCGGAGAUUCUGUCCUCAAUCCUGGCGAUGGACUCGCAGAGAGAGCAAAUGGCCGGUCUCAUUCGCAGAGAUCUCAUGUGGACAGUCAGUGAUUCAUCUCCACUUAGCACGAAGGUCUUUCGACCUUGGACUCGUUGUUCCGAAUCGCGAGUAACUAAUACGAAUGCACAUGUCUCACAGAUCUUGCUAUAUGGCUUCCCAAGCGCGAGUCUACUCGUCAAGGCACUGCAGCACCAAAAAAGGACGGGUGAACCACUUCUAUAUGAAGGUUCCCGAUCUGCCCUCAUCCGCCAGCUCAGUGUAUUCGUGUUCCACUUGGAGACGCUUGCCCGCCCAAAUAUCCCCAACUAUGCGCUUUUCCAAAGAGCCGCCAAGAUAUUUUCCGAAAUCAUCGAUGAGGUGCUUGAGCCACACAAUUCCUACCCGGGCAUUGAAGGCCACAUGAAUGAUGCCUCGUUCCUCGAAUUCGACCAGAUACUGUCAGCGGAUGGUCUUGACCUAUUGGAUUCCUUGGAUUGCGGAGUUGCCUACAACCAGUGGCUUUUCUGA